GGCCGGGCAGGCGGUGAUCGGAGGGGUCCUUUGGGCCUCCGGCGUGCCGGCGACAUGUCCGUCGAAGACCCGUUCUUCGUGGUGCGAGGCGAGGUGCAGAAGGCGGUGAACACGGCGCGGGGGCUGUACCAGCGCUGGGACGAGCUGCUGCGGGAGGGCGCGGCCGUCGGGCGCGAGGAGCUGGACUGGACGACCAAUGAGCUCCGCAACAGCCUGCGCAGCAUCGAGUGGGACCUGGAGGACCUGGAGGAGACCAUCGGCAUCGUGGAAGCCAACCCCGGCAAGUUCAAGCUCCUGGCGGAGGACCUGCAGGACAGGAAGGCGUUCGUGGAGCGGAUGCGGGAGGCCGUGCAGGAAAUGAGGGACCAUAUGGUCAGCCCAGCGGCCGUGGCCAUCAUGGAAAAGAACAGCAGACAGGUCCUGACAGGCUCAUCCACACCCCCCAAGUCCUCGAGUGAUUUGCUCGAUGCCAGUGCAGUGUCCAGCACGUCCCGCUACAUCGAGGAGCAGGCGGCCACGCAGCAGCUCAUCAUAGAGCAGCAGGACCAGCAGCUGGAGAUGGUGUCCGGGAGCAUCCGGAUUCUUAAGAACAUGUCCAGCCGGGUGGGGGACGAACUGGACGAGCAGGCCAUCAUGCUGGACGCCUUCGCGCAGGACAUGGAGCACACGCAGUCCCGGAUGGACGGGGUCCUCCGGAAGGUGGCCAAAGUGUCACGCAUGACCAGUGAUCGCCGGCAGUGGUGCGCGAUUGCUGUGCUCGUCGGCCUCCUCCUCCUCCUGCUUGUCCUGCUCUUCUUCCUCUGACCCGGGCCCUCUGCUCUGGGGGAGACGCUGCACCCUCACUGUGUCUGUCCCCUGGACUUUCCCCAUCUCAGAGCCAUAGGGCCCUCGGGGCUAGUGCCCUGAUACCAACCCUGUUUCAAGUGCACUUACGGAUGGAGUGGAGAAGCACAGCUGUAGGGUGAUUGCUUUGUACUGGGCUGACCCAGGAUGAACCCGGGUUUGACUCCCAGCAUCCCAUAUGGUCCCCUGAGCCUGCCAGGA